AACUUCAAGAAGCUGUUUUCUGGCCUGUGUGAUAGUGAGCUAAUUGUUUUUACAUCCCCUUUCAAAGUGUGAAAACUUCCUUUUUCUGUAAAGUCUCAUUCUCGGAGUGAGGCUGUGUGUGACAGACUGAUACAAGUGGGUCCUCUGAGAAAUCCAGUUGUAGUCCCACAUGAGAUGGAGGCUCAGACAGUCACAUGGUUGGUUUUUCUGGCCCUAAUAAAAUAUGUUUCUACAAAUAAGCCUGGAAGUCCUACUGAAUACCCACCGACUAAACCUAAACUGUCUAUGAGUUCUGAGGUCACAGAAGGUCAAACCAUCACCAUCACCUGCACUACUGCAAGUUUCCCACAGUCAACUCUCACCUUGAUGAGGAUCAACACAAAUAAUCAGUUUAUAAAAAUCACUGAAACUAAUCUUAAUUCACGACCCAUCAACUCUCUCUCCCACACGUUUGUUGUGACUUCAUCCGACGCUGGCUGGUACUAUUGCCGUGCCCAGAACACUGAAGGCUCAGAGUACAGCAAGCAGAAGAAGUUGGUGGUGAAAUACCCGCCCACUGAACCUAUAUUGUCUAUGAGGUCUGAGGUCACAGAAGGUCAGACCAUCACCAUCAGCUGUGAUGCUGAAAGUUUCCCACAGUCAACUCUCACCUUGAUGAGGAUCAACACAAAUAAUCAGUCUUUAAUAAUCACUGAAAAUAAUCUUUAUUCACGACCCAUCAACUCUCUCUACCACAAGAUUACUGUGACUUCAUCCGACGCUGGCUGGUACUUCUGCCGUGCCCAGAACACUGAGGGCUCAAAGGACAGCAAGCAGAAGAAGUUGGUGGUGAAAUUUUCUCCAAAACACACACACAUCACGGAGUCGGCAGAGAAGCAGGAGCUUGACGGGAGGAGCUCCGUGAUGCUGAGCUGCUUCAGUCACAGCUUUCCCCCAGUCCAACACUACUCAUGGUACAGGAAGAGUCAGGGAGAGGAAAAGGAUGAACUUGUGUCAGAGCAUCAAAACCACAUUGUCUACUCAAACCAGUCAGGAGUCUACUACUGCAUCGCACAAAAUGAAGUAGAUCAAAGUUUGUCUGAUCCCGUCCAUCUGUUUGAACGAGACUAUCUGGAGAACCUGAGGUUCCUCGUUGUUGCUCUACUUCUCCUGAUGAUUAUCAGUGUAAUUGUCGUAAAUUUAAGAUACUGGAGGAAAUCUGUUCAACAAGGAACAACAAACACCAAAUCCCCUUCUGGUUUAUCGAAUGAACCAGAGAGCCUGCAAGACUAUGAAAACAUUAGUGAUGCAGCUGCACGUGCACCAACAUCUUCAAAUCUAUUGGACGACCACACCAGUGAAGGUGAAGUGGAGCUGAACUUUCCACAGGUGAGAUUCACAGCGACGCCCCGACGUCAGACGACCAACAGAGACUCCAGCAGCUCACACCAAGAUGAGAGUUAAUACUCUGACGUCAGGAUUUGACCCGAGAUGUUCUCGUCCUGCUUUUUACAGCUACCUCGGGCCUGAGGAAGUUUAUAUUCACAAUAAGUCAUCACAGAGAGUCUGAAGAGUUCACGAGUUAAGCAAAGUAGGUCGUAAUCUUAAAACUAGUUAGCAAGAAGCAACAGAAGUUAUAAUACUGAGCUAAAAUAUAAUAUAUAAAUAUUUGAAAGUGUUAAUUAAAGGCUCUGGGGAAAAAAGUUAACUCUGUAAAAUGUGAGGGAAAAACGGUUAAAUCCCUCUUUAGCAACUUAAAAUGUAAAUAAUGUGAGAGUAAAAUGAUUGUAUUAGUAACUUUUUAUAUAUUCUAUAUAUAAAUGACAUGCAGUUAGAUAAGAAAUGCUGAGAAUCACUGCUGAAUGUAUUUUUUUGUGCUUUCCAGUGUUUGAACUUAAUCCAAACCCACACACCUGAAAUGUAAAUAUCCUGUAGCUCAAAAUAAAAUGAAAUAUGUUGGAACAAGUGAUGAA